AGCAAAGAAUCAACUAAUAGGAUAUAUUCACUGAGUGAUGUUCAAUCAGACAGAAGAAUAAAACUUUUUCUUCAUAACUCCACUACAUAAUGCUUCCACUUUUUAAUCUUACAUAUAUUGGACUUCUGCUGAGAUAUCAAACAAAGACACCAUGAGUGGUGGCACCAAUAAUUUCAACCCAUAUUCAGUAGAUUGGCUGUUUGGACAAGCCUACAAUGAUCGUGUUCCUAACAGUAGUGAGGGAAGCCGAACACAAGCUCCAUUUUCCCAAGCUAGAUCUCUUUCCUUCCGUGCUGAUCCUGGUGCCAGCCGGGGUGCACCCAAUCCCUGGCCUGCAUAUGAUGAGAGAAUGAUGACAGAACCAUUCAGCUUAGCUGGUUUAUCAGAGUUUAGUCCUAUUCUUGGUCCAAUCAUCCUGGCAUCCUCACCAGGAUUCAGCAGACAACAGCAUGUGCAAUUUCCAACUCAUGAAGAUGAUUCAAAGUUGACUCAAGAGGGGCAGCAAAUUGCUUUGAAGAAGUUGAGGAAAGUACCGUAUGAUCCCCCUCCAAAGAAAAGAAGGCCUAACUUAUAUUACAGACUUGACUCAAAAGACAUCGUGAAAGAGAUGCAAAAGGAAAAAGAAAUCAACGGUAAGAACUGUGCUGUUUGCCUAGAAGAUUUCGAACCUAAAGAGAUGGUAAUGCUGACGCCAUGUGAACACAUGUUUCAUGAAGCAUGUAUUGUGCCAUGGAUGAGAAGCCAGGGCCAGUGUCCUGUGUGUAGGUUUGUACUCAGUGAGCAAAAGAAAGAGAAUAACAGGGUGAAUACUGUAGCAGCCUACAACCCUGCGGCAGCUCAUCUUCUAUCUGUUUUUAGGGCCCUUGAGGAGGCUUCCAUACGGGACAGGUUGGCUUGGCCCGUUUAAAUCUAUCAUAAGCUUCUAUUAAUAUACUGCUUCGAUCCAAGAUCCCUUAUAAAGUUAAUAUGCAUUUUUGUUUAUGUAUUUAAUAACUUGUGAGCACACUUGGAAAAACCAUGUUCCAAUUCCAAAAAAUUGCAAACCGAGUUGUAAUUUAUGAGGGAAUAAGUGAACUAAGUUUUAUGCCGAUGGCUAAUACAAUAUGAUAUCUACAUAGAAGCUUCAUAA